AUGACAGAGACAGAAGCUGAAGAUAGUGAAACGAGUGAAGAAUCGAGAUUUCUUUUUUUCAUAAGGCACACCUUACUAGACUUUGUUGCAAUGUUCAAGUAUCUGUCACCCAAGGUUCUGGUUCGGAAUAUGUCCGAAAGAUCAUAUAUUGUUGAAUGUCUUUCACCCAUACACCGAGCCUUCAGGAAUGCAUUCCCCGACGUAAAGUACGAGUGGAUCGAAAAGGAUGAUGCCACGGAAAUUUUACAUGUUGAGGUGUCCGGGCCAUCUUACAAACCUGAAAAGAAACAUACAGUCGGAGAUGCCAAAAAAUUACUCAUGAUGGCCAUUUGCAACUUGUGUAGGAUACUGGCGAACAAUUUCGAUUGCCCAAUUGAUGAUGCACAGAAAGUCAAAUCUUACAGCAUUCAAGCAAUUGGGGACCGAUUAACUUUAUUUGUUGAAAAAAAAAUUAUAAGAAACAAAUUCAUAGAACAAGAAAAGAUUCAGAAAAAACUUUGUUCUUUUAUUCCUUCAGUUGAAGAUGAUACAGGUGAUUUACGAGAAUGGAUAAAUUUACCUGAUGAAGAUUUAACACCUGUAACAGAAGAUGAUAUGGAUGAACUCCUUUUAUAUGAUGUUCAAUAA